AUGACCGUCAGCGAACAACAACGUUAUUUAUUAGUCAAGGCAUCAAAGGCCAUCUUGUCUCCUCAACACACCCAAGCUCCUGCCGAAGUGCUCAUCAACCAAACUACGGGUAAAAUUGUUGAAGUUGCUCUCGAUAACAAGACAUGCACUACUGCUGUUAGCGAGGAUCAGUUGGAGGUCAUUCAGCUCGACGAUGAUCAAUUAUUGAUGCCUGGUUUAGUGGAUGCUCAUGUCCAUUUGAAUGAACCUGGACGUACCGAAUGGGAGGGUUUUGAAACAGGUACCAAAGCUGCUGCUGCUGGCGGUAUCUCCACCGUCAUUGAUAUGCCCCUGAACGCCAUUCCUCCUACCACCACUGUCGCUAAUUUUGAUACCAAGUUGAAUGCAGCUCAAAAUCAAUGCCAUGUCGAUGUUGGAUUCUGGGGCGGUGUUGUGCCUGACAAUGCAAAGGAUUUACCUGCUUUGAUCGAAAAAGGUGUACGUGGUUUCAAGUGUUUCUUGAUUGAAAGCGGUGUGGAUGAGUUUCCUUGCGUCAAUGAAGCAGAGGUCCGUGCUGCCAUGGAUCAAAUGGUCAACUCGGAUCGUGUCUUGUUGUUCCAUGCCGAAAUGGAAGGUUGUGGAAAGGUAGAGACCAAGCACGAAGAGCACGAGGAAUUGGACAGUCGCACCUAUGCUAGCUUCUUGAACUCACGUCCUCAAUCGCUUGAGACCAACGCUAUUGACAUGAUCAUCCGUCUUACUCAAGAGUACCACGAACAAGGUAAAUCUGUCAACACACACAUUGUUCAUCUCUCUGCUGCCUCUGCUGUCCCUGCUAUCAAGGCUGCCAAGGCUGCUGGUGCUCCUCUCACUGUGGAAACCUGUUUCCAUUACCUCAACUUUACCUCUGAAGCCAUUGAGGAUGGUGCUACACACUACAAGUGUUGCCCUCCCAUUCGUGAAGCUUCUAACCGCGAGAAGCUUUGGGAAGCUUUAUUAGAUGGUACUAUUGAUUACGUGGUAAGCGAUCACUCUCCUUGUACUGCCCAACUCAAGAAGCAAGAUACUGGUGAUUUUGGACAAGCUUGGGGUGGUAUUGCAAGCGUGCAAUUUGGUUUGCCUGUGCUCUGGAGCGAAGGUCGUAAGCGUGGUGUUACUCUUCAACAAAUCGCUCACUGGCUUAGUUACGCACCUGCCAAGAGAACCAACUUGAACCAUAAGAAGGGUGAGAUUCGUGUUGGUCAUGAUGGUGAUCUUGUCAUCUGGCGUCCUGAAUCCACAUUCGAAGUCAACGUCAAUGAUGUUCACUUCAAGAACAAGUUGUCUCCUUACAUUGGAGAAACCUUCUAUGGUGCUGUUGAUCGUACCAUUGUUCGUGGUUCUACUGUGUACAGUCGUAAGGCUCCUGGUCUCUUUGCUGAGGUUCCCUUUGGUCGUGCCUUGCUCGAAUAG